UUUUUUUGUUUUUUAAGUAAUGUAGUGCAUACACCGGAAAGCAAGGUGGCGCUAAUCACCCUGCACUCCACCAUCUUUAAUGCCUGGAAGAGACUUAUAACCUUUUGGAUCUGCCCCAUAACGUUAUGCGGAAAAGUUGGGCAUGGCUUGGAAGUCACGAACCCGCAGUUUGCAAGUGUUUGACACAGAGUUGAGUGCUGACACUGUGGAAUGGUGCCCUGUCUCGAACUGCCACCGAUUCCUGGCCUGCGGGACUUACCAACUCCAAAAGGGGAAAGGGGAAGAAGAUGGCGCCCCAAGCCGGACUGGUCGUUUGUACCUUUUUGAAUAUCAGCGAGAGGCUCUGGGUCCUCCUCUCACAGAGCUACAGCGUAUAGACACACCUGCCAUUUUAGAUUUGAAAUGGUGUCAUGUGCCUGUGUCAGAAAAAGUCAUUCUGGGACUGGCUGCUGCCACUGGAGAACUGCAGCUGUAUGCACUUGCAGCCUGCCAGGAAGGCAGCAGCAAUCUGCAGACUCUGUGCAAUGCGGAACUGGGGGCAGACCAGCUGGCUCUGUCUUUAGAUUGGUCCACUGGAAGAAUGGGCAGCAGCGAUGUGCGUGUGGUGUGCAGCGACUCUGCGGGUUGUGUCAGUGUGCUGUCUUUGGCUGAAGGUGCUCUGGUGACUUUAUCACAGUGGAAGGCCCAUGACUUUGAGGCUUGGAUCUCAGCCUUCUCCUACUGGGACACGCAGUUGGUUUACUCAGGUGGAGAUGACUGUAAGCUUAAAGGCUGGGACCUCAGGAUUGGUCCCUCCAAACCCACUUUCAUCAGUAAAAGGCACUCGAUGGGUGUGUGUAGCAUUCACAGCAACCCACAUCGGGAAUACAUUCUGGCUACUGGCAGCUAUGAUGAGAAGGUUCUGCUGUGGGAUGGCAGAAAUAUGCGUGAGCCUUUCAGUGAGACUCUGUUAGGCGGCGGGGUGUGGCGGCUCAAGUGGCAUCCGACUCACCAGCAUCUGCUGCUGGCAGCGUGCAUGCACAAUGACUUUCACAUUCUUCAUUGUCAACAGGCCAUGGAGUCCACUGAAGGAGUUUGUCCAGUUGUCGCAUCCUACAUCCUCCACAACUCACUGGCCUACGGGGCCGACUGGUCUCGACUGUCCCUGGAGGAACCUGCUUCUCUCUCCCCUCCUACAGCAGAACCAACUGAGUGCCUCACAGACAGCGGAGGACACUUGCGAAUCCAGUACGAAUCCCCCACUGCCAGCUUUGACACUUCCCUCGAGGACGAUUGUGGUCAAUACAUCCCAGAGGGCAUUGCGCCGCCAUCGACCACCUCUCAUGCAGGCGACACAGUCACACCGGAUGAUGAUGCCUCUUCAUUGUCAUUUCUUCUUGCAAGUUGCUCAUUUUAUGAUCAUAUGCUUCACUUGUGGCGGUGGGACUGGGCGCCAGUUGAGGCACAGGUAGCAAAAGAUCAGUGUUGACCAUACUAUGAGAAUUGAGCUGACUAUUAUUUGGAUAUAUAUGGUGUAUAAUGUACAGUUCCACAAUAACAUGGACAAUUUGGGUUCUUGUCGACUGACUUUUUCAUGGGUACUUGUCUGAUCACAACUGGAGUACUGUUCUGUGAAAUGCUCCUCAAUGGCAUUGAAAUAAAUUUCUGUACACAAUUUCACCCUUUGUUCUACCAGAAUUAAUUUUAAAUAAAAACAAUGAACAUA